CUUCACUUUUUACCUUUUUCAUUCGAAUUUCGCGCCUCAUUCAUUGAACGUCUCUACCGAUGAUCAGCAUGAGGAGGGCCUUCCACGCGCGGUAGCGACCCAACGACUCCCACGAAAGUCUUUAUAUUGUCACCCUCUGCGAUAGGCAAUCUUCGGAUGCUUCAAGUUCUCUAGUACGUCAUAUGCAAGGUCAAUACUGAUACGUCGAAAGGACCUAUUGCAGCAUGACCUGAACGUUUGAACCCCCAUCUGAGUCUUACCCGAAUCCCAUCCCUUCCUCCCGUCUUUCACCACUCAUUGUCCACCACGCAGCCCCGGGCCAUUCUCGAUCCUUGUCGUUUUGCUUCAUCGCACUAUCAUGCCCGGUACCUUAGAAAGCCGGUAUAUCAAACUCGAACUCAUCAGCGGGAGGAAUUUUAAAGUUCCCUCCCAGCGCAUUCCAGCAGGCAUCUACAUAUCCAUCAAUCUCGACUCGAGCAGGUGCUGGAAUUCAGCCAUUGGAGUCUUAUUAUCCGACGAAUCUACAGCGUGGGCCGAUACUGUGACCUUAUCAUUGGACACGUCACUUGCAUUAUCGGUGGAGAUCAGGGCCUCCUUCGAGCUCGAUCGGAUGUUGGGCAAUGGAGAAGUCGUUGGAAAACUUGAAACAUCAUGGGAUGCGCUGCUCGAUCAUAGAAGUGAACCUUUCAAUAUCUCGUUCCCGUCCGUUCUUAGUGUUCACCCUUCCCUCACGCUGGAGGCUGUUGUUCUACUUGAUAGCGACAUUCAGGACAGCGUACUGCUUAACUCCGUCGGUGAAUGUGAGAUUGUUCGGAAUACAGAUGCCGGCCAUGAACGAUUUGCCACAUAUAUGACAAGCAACACGGUCUCUCACCUGAACGAUGCCGUACAACAUUUUCAGUCGGUCCUGGACCAAUGUCCGGUCGGCCAUCUUGACCGUGCAGCAGCUUUCACUAACCUCGCGUGGGCCCGCCUUCAAGGCUACAUUCAAAACGACUCUCAAGACAUUGACUCUAUCAAUUCUUUAUUUCGCGAAGCCCUUGCAUUGCGUCCGCAGGGCCACCCCGAUCAUCCAUCAUCCAUCUAUCACCUCCUUCACGCUUUGAUUCGGUGCUACAGCGAGGAAGGCACCGCCGUUUAUAUUCAGGAAUCUGCGCAACUGUCCUGCAAAUUACUGCCCCUCUGUCCAGAGGGCACUUUCUUUCAUAGCAUUGCGGCAGGUGCAAAUAGCAUCGAUUAUGCGAUUCGUGCAUGUAACAAUCUUCCAACCGACGCAUCUGAUGAAGGCAUCCACUUUCGACAAGUCGUGCUCGACCUCUGUACUCUGGGGAGCGAACACCGUCCAAGAGCCCUCCAAGAGCUUGCACAGGCAGUAGAAGGACGCUUCCAAGAACGCGGCAGCAUUGAUGCCCUAGACGAGUGUAUACAGCUUCGUCGUGAAGCUUCACUCCAUUACCGCUUCGAUCACCAAGACAACUCUCAUGACCUCAAUGAGGCCAUCUCUUUGUACGAAGAAGGGCUGCGCUUGUGCCCCGUUGGGAAUACAUAUCGUGAUUUCUCAUUGGACAACCUAGGACUUGCCCUCCGCACCCGUUUCAAUCAACACAGUGAUGUUAACGACAUCAUGAGAGCCAUCAGCCUCCAUCGCGAGGCACUGACGUUGUGCCCGCCUGGGAAUUCAUAUCGUGAGACCACGCUCCACAACCUUGCUCUCGUGCUCCACGACAGAUAUGCCAAAUUAGAUGCCAGCGAGGAUCUUGACGAGGCCAUCGACCUGUACCGGGAAUCACUUCAGUUACAGCAGCAUGGCCAUCCCAGUCGCCAUAAAACUCUUGACAAUUUGAGCUCGGCGCUCCGUUAUCGUUUUACGCAAACUCAGAGGAAUGGAGAUGUCGAGGAGGCCAUCCGACUGUGCCAGGAGUCGUUGGAUACCUUGUCUUCACUGCACCUGGAUAGAUAUUUCAGCUACAUGGUGUUACAGGAAACCUAUCUGUCUCGUUACCGAGUGCAAUACGACCUUGCCGAUUUAAUUUCCGCACGCAUCAGAGAGGCUAUAGACUGGGCUCACCAAGCUGAGGUUUAUCGACACGACUCUGCUCUCGAAGCAUACCGAAUCUGCUUGGAGCUUUUCGACAAUCACGUGAUGGCACGAUCAACGAUCAUCUCACGACGUGAGGCUGCAACCGCUUUUCGCGAUGCACAGUCACUGCCAGUAGAUGCAGCCUCGUGUUCCAUACGUCGCGAGGAUCUGCAACAAGCAGUCGAACUCCUGGAGCAGGGUCGUGGCCAGCAGUGGUCGUUGGCCUCUCGACUUCGGACUCUGCUGGAAGACCUCGAGGUCACAAAUUCCAACUUUGCUUACAAGUUCUCGGAACUCAGCAAGCGUCUUUCUGAUGCUCAUGGUUCUGCCGGCAGCGCUGACCGAGUUGCUGCUGAUCAAGCAGCAACUCAGUACAGGAGACUUCAGGAGCAGUGGGGAGCUGCAGUAGCUGACAUUCGCAAUAUCCCAGGUUUCUCGCGAUUCCUGCUCCCCCCGUCUUUUACAGAAUUGCAAGCGGCAGCACGUCAUGGACCAGUCAUCAUUCUCGUUGCGAGUCAAUACUCGUGCAGCGCCAUCAUUGUCCCGACCUCGGGAGAACCACACCAUGUUCUCUUCCCGCGCAUCACUCUCGUACAUCUGGAGAGGCUCAAGAGCGACUUUGCCAGGGAGAUACGACUUGCCUCUUUUAUGCGACCAGAGGAGACGAGGAAGGAAUUGCAAGUCCUCCUGAGGAUAGUAUGGGACGAGAUCAUGCUUCCCAUCGUCAUUGUCCUCCAGCGGGAUCUCAGAGUGACAAGCCGGUCUCGAAUCUGGCUGUGUCCAACUGCAACCUUCACUUCUAUUCCUCUCCACGCAGCUCACCCUUUUCGAACGAAGGCGGACGGACGUGGGAGGGAACUAUGCCUGGAGAACGUUUAUAUCUGUUCUUAUACGCCGACACUUUCAGCUCUGAUCAGAUCUAGACAGACGAUGAAGACACGUGUAACUACUCCGUCCUUCGCUGCAAUCGGACAAAGUGUACCGGGUGCGGGGCAAGGUGGGGCGCUCUUGACUAUCGACAGCGAGCUCGAGCUCGUCCGCAAGCUCGUCCCUACGACGGCCAAAACUACCACUCUCUCUGGCGAUGACGCCACGCGAGCAGACGAACCUCUGACGCUGCUCGACAUCAUGGAGAACGACACUCCGCAAGCGGAGUUCGCAUUCUUAUCGGCGUGUCAUACCGCCGUUGGCGACGAGGAGACACCUAACGAAGUGAUCCACCUCGCAGCUGGACUGCAGUUUUCUGGAUUCAAGAGCGUCAUUGGCACGCUGUGGGUGGUGGAUGAUGCUAUCGCAAAACACGUCGUCGAAGCUUUCUAUGAGAAUAUGUUCAAGGAUGGUGCGAUGGACUGCACGAAGGCAGCCUGGGCGCUGAAUCGUGCUACGUGCUCGGUGAAGACGAAAGUGCCACUCGAGCAGAGGAUGGUUUUCAUACAUAUUGGAAUUACCCUCUGUGUCACGCUCCCGCACUCCCGCACUCCAACAAUCUUGUUUUCGCUUUUGCAGUUCAGCAAAGUCAUUCGUUGCUCGACGAUAACGUCCAGAGGCCUGUGCUUUGCUUUCUGA